AUGCUGACACAGCACAUCGAAAAGGAGGCGCGCCGCGGGGGCCGCCGCGAGGGUGCCGCGGCCGCGGUCGGGCCGCCGCUGCAGCUCAGCCUCUGCACCAACUACCGCACCCACGCAGGCAUCCUUGACGUGGCCAACGCCCUGGUGUCCUUUUUGGGCGCCGUUGACCGCAACGCGCUCGACAAGCUGCCGAGGGAGCGCGCGUUCUUCGGCGGCCCGCGGCCCCUGCUGCUGGGCCGCAUGACUGAGGAUGACGUGGCGCUGCUGCUCUCCAGGGGCAAGAGCAGGCGGCGGCUUGAGUUUGGGGCAGACGUGUGCGUCCUGGUGCGCGACUCGGGGGCCGCCAAGCUGCCGGCGCGCGUGCAGGGCAGCGGCGCGCUGGUGAUGACCGUGAGGGAGGCCAAGGGCCUGGAAUUCAACACGUCAUUGCUGGUGGACUUCUUCUCGAGCAUGACGGACUCGAACGCCAACGUGUGGCGCUGCAUGCUGUCGUGGCUGGAGCGCCUCGCGGAGGACGGGGGCGCGGCUCAGCAGCUGGAGGACGUGUUCCUUGACGACGAGGGCGAGGCCCACGUGGCCCCCCUGGAGUUUGACCCCGCGCUGCACGCGGCGCUGGUGGAGGAGAUCAAGCUGCUGUACGUGGCCGUGACACGUGCGCGCGCCAACUUGAUCCUGUUUGAGAGCGACCCCCACAAGGCGGGGCCGGUCUACUUUGCCCUGCAGCGCCUGGGGCUGGCCACCUUCAUCAAGGCGAGCCUGUGCCUAACCACCCUUGCCUCGCCAACAUGGCACGCGGCUCGCGCCCCGCGGAGACCCGACGCACGGCCUGAGCCCCUGGCAGUCGCCGACGACACGGGCGCGCUGCUGUCCGGCUCCGUGAGCUCUGGCCCCGACGACUGGGCGGCGCGCGGGGCGCAGCUCCACAACCGCGGGCAGUAUGAGCUGGCGGCAAAGUGCUACCGCCAGGCGGGCGACAGGGCGCGGUUUGCUGCCAUGCUCGGGUUUGCGGCGAUGGAGGCCGGGGAGCUGUCCGACGGGGUCAGCCUGCUGCUGCGCGCCGCGGCGGCGUGCGGCGGCGGCGGCGGCGGCAGCGCGGCGUCGGGCGCCGAGUGGCGCGAGUGGCUGGGGCUGGCGGGGAAGGCGCUGAUGGUGCUGCCUGGGCGGCAGGCGGAGGCGGCGCUGGCUUACCUGCAGCUGGGCGACUUUGAGCGAACAGAGGCGGCCCUAAAGCGCAUUUCUACGUCAACCGUCCCCGCUGCCGCCGCCCUCCUGGCCGACCCAGCCUUGAAGGCAGAUCGCGAACUCCACAUGCUGUUCGCGGCGGGAACUUCCCGCCUGCAGGCGGCGCUGCGCAGGAGCCUGAACGCCCUGGCGGCCGCCGGCCGCGGCGGUCGACGCAGCCGCAGCGGCGGGAGAAGAAGCGACAAAGGCAACGGCGGUGGCGGUGGCGGUGGUGAAGGAGAGCUGCAGAGGGCUCUGGAGGAGCUGUUUUUGGCUUCUGAUGACGUCAGAGAGGCCGCCGCCGCCGCGCGCGACGCGGGCUGCCCCGCCGCCGCGCAGCUGCUUUCCACCGGCGCCGCGCGCGGCCAGGCGCGCACGUGGAUCGAGGAGCACGCGGCGGCGGCGCGCGCGGCGGCGGGCGCGCGGCGGGCGGAGGAGCAGAGGGCUAGGGCGCUGCAGGCGGAACGGGGCCGCGCGGCGGCGGGGCCGGUGGCGGCGGGCUCGAGCGUGGGCGCGGGUACGGGCAAGGUUGAUGUCAAGGGCAUGGCGGCGGAGGCCGCGAAGGCGGCGCAGCCAACCCCUUGCCAGGCCGCUUCAGCCGCAGAGAAGCCCGUGGGCCGCGAGCGCGCGCCCAACUCAGUGCUUCAAGGUACGUGCAGUGGGCAGGCUUCUCCGGCUGAAGGGGUGUGCCAGAGCCCGCCCGGGGAGGCGGGCGCACGAGCAGACGAGCAAGCCGAGGCGGAGCCGGGGAAGGGCUUGGUGCGUCUGCCGGACGACGCGCGGCUGGUGCUGCUGCCCGGGCGGAGGCGGGGCAGCGGCGGCAAAGAUGAUGCAGGGGCGGGGUCCGGCGGCCGGCGGGCCAAGCCGGCGGCGGCGGCGCGCCAGCAGGCGCCGCAGUUAGAUGCGCGGGCUGAAGACGCGGUGCUGGGGUCGCCGGCAAAAGCGGCGGCAAAAUCGGACGCGCCGGCACAAAUGUCGCAGGCAGCUGCUCAACAGCAGCAGCAGAAACAGGAGCAGCAGCAGCAGCAGCAGCAGCAGCAGCAGCAGCAGCAGCAGCAGCAGCAGAAACAGGAGCGGAGACAGCAGCAGCAGCAGCAACAGCAGCAGCAACAAAAGCAGGAACACAAGCAGCAGCAGAAACUGGAACAGCAGCAUCAGCAGCAGCAGCAACAGCAGGAACAACUAACAGAGUGGCCGGCACUCGGCGCGGCAGCCGCCCUGCGUCGCGCCGCAGCAGGCCGGCCGGCGUCAGCCCCAGCAGUCCCUUUGAGCCAGCAGGGGCUCAGCCCUGCACACUCAAUGGCGGAAGCUGUAAGGACAGCAACGCCGGCCGCGUCACCUCUGAAACGUGCAUCGGCCCCCCAGGCGGCAGCUCCUGCAAGUCCAGCGCCGGCGCCCUCCGCGUCGCCUGCCACUGUGACGGCCCAGCUGGCGCCGGUCGCCGCCGCUCUCGCCGCAGCGGCCGCCCCGCCAGCGGCUCCCCCCUCGCCCGCCUCCGCAGCGGCCCAGGCUCGGCAUGUCGCGGCAGCCUCCAUCCCAAUCCCAAUCCCCGUCCCUCUGCCCGCUCCUGCGCCCGCUGCCCCGCCCGCGCCGCCGCGCGCAGCGGCGCUGCCGGGGCACAUCACAGGGUUGGCCUUUGGGGCGCCAGCCAGCGCGGCACCAGCAGGGCAGCAGGCAGCAGCGAAGCGCCCCUCGACAGCACCCACGGCCGCAGCGCCCGCCCCGCCCAGUAUUGCGGUGGACGGCGCGCUGCAGGCGCCCUCUGCGCUCGCUUCGCCCAGCGCCGCACCCACAGCAGCGGCUGUGGCGACGCCGGGGGCCGCGGUGCGGGGGUUGGCGCCCCUGGUGGCUCUCACGCAGCUCGUCGCCGCGCCGCCGCUGGUGACGCCAGCGCCAGCAGCGCCAGCACGCUCUGCCGCCGCGGCUAAUGCGGCGGCGGGCGCAGGACCGGCCCACCUCGGGGGUGUAUUUGCGAUGUUCAACAGGGGUCGUGCAGGGGCAAGUGCCGCAAGCAGUGGGCCGCAGGGCGCGCUUGUGGUGCCCGCCCCACUGGUUGCUGCGCCGGCAGGGCAGCAGGCACCACCACUGGCUCAGCCUCUGGUGUGGCAGCAGCAGCAGCAGCAGCAGCAGCAGCAGGAGGCUGAGGCGGCGCCUCAGGUGCCGCCGCUUUCCCCUGCGACGCUCCAGCAGCCGCGCAAUCCGCAGCCGCCGCCUGUGUCGCCUGGGGACGCGCUCGGUCACACACUGCUGCAGCUCGUUCAGCGCAAGCAGGGCCCCACAUUAGUGCAGCAGCAGCAGCGGCAGCAGCAGCAGCAGCAGCAGCAGCAGCAGCAGCAAGAGCAAGAGCAGCAAGAGAAGCAUGAGAAGCAGAGGCAGCAUAGGGAGCAGCAGCAGGAGCAACAGCAGCUGCAGCACAGGGAGCAGCAGCAGCAACAGCAGCAGCAGCAGCGGCAGCAGCGGCAGCAGCAGCAGCAGCAGCAGCAGCAGCAGCAGCAGCAGCAGCAGCAGCAGCAGCAGCAGCAGCAGCGGCUUGCAAGCUUGGAGCGGCGCCUGCUGGAACUGGAGGCCGAUGCAGCGCGGCGCAACAGGGAGCUGGCCGCUGCGCGAGCCGAGGUUUCGGCGGCGCAAUCUGCGCGGGACGCCGCGGUCGCACGCGCGGCGGCGCUGGCUGCGCAGUUGGCGGAGGGCCCUGCGGCCCAGGCGCGGGCGCUGCUGGCCCGCCUGACGCCGGAGGAGCGCAUGCGCGCGCUGCUGCCCGGGGGCGACGACGACGCCGCGGCGGCGCGGCGCGGCAGGGUGGCGAGGCGGGGGGCUGCCGCCGGCUGGGAGUGCCUCGUUUGCCUCGGCGGCACGCAGGACGGGCUGGACGAUGCGGCCUCCCUGCCCUGCGGACACCUGUACUGCCUGCCCUGCGCGCAGCAGCUGCGCGUGUGCAGCGUGUGCGCCGCGCCGGCUGACCGCAACGGCGGGGUUCGGCGGCUGUACCUGAACUUCUGA